AUGGCAGUGGUGGAAGAGCCCUUCAUCAACAAUACAGCCGGCCAGGGCCGUCAAGAUUCGACAACCUCACAGAAGAUACCCAGAACAAAACCAAUAAAGAAUGACGCUACACCUCCACAACAAGAAGAUGAAUACCUCCGUGUUACCGUCACUUCGCUCGACAGGACCAAGCGCGACCCUAUUUUUAAGCUGAAAGCUACUACGAAUAUGUCCAAAUUUAAACAGAAAACAUACCAACUUGUAGAGAGAACAUAUACCGAGUUUGAGAGAUUGUAUGAUUCGAUGACAUACGCUAAUCCGGAAUGUAUAGUGCCGGCACUACCUUCGCCUGCAAGCAGUUUUGCAGCAUCCGAUGAGGAUGAACGGAGAGUGAAGCGUUCGGUACAGCAAUGGUUGAACAGGAUAGCGUCAAAUCCCAUCUUAAGACAUGAUGAGGAAUUGAGAUCAUUUGUCGAGACUAGCUUUACGUUUAUUCCCACAAGUAAGCCGCGUAAGAGAUCAAGCGGAUUCAGGCUAAAAUUCUCCACGCGCACUGUACAAGACGAUGAUCAUGUGUUAACUAAUGCUAAGGCAGUCGCUACAGUGUUGGAAGGUUAUAUGCUCGAGAGCACAAAGGCCGUGCAAAAGCUAGCCAAAUCCCGCAAAUCUAUGGCCGUGUGCAAUACUGAUUUGGGCAUGAAGGCUAUCACGUUCGCAACAUCGGAGCAGCACCCACCACUUUCGAGUGGAUUCCGUAAGCUCGGUAAAAUGCUUCAAUCAAUUGCUGAACUACAACACGCACAAGCAUCAGUGGAGGUUGCAAUCCUAGGUGAUUUCUUUGCAUAUUACGCGAUUAAUGCCCGUGUCGUAAAGGAAACGCUUUCAAACCGUAUACGUAUAACGACCGAGUAUGAAACCGCAAAGAAAAAUACCAUAAGUAAACGUCGAUAUAUUGAGCGUUUAAAGGCGUCAACUUCUAUCAAACCUGAGCGAGUCGACGACGCUUUGGAAGAUUUGGAAUACGCUAAAUCGUACGAGGAAAACCUCGGCGCUCGCUUAAUACACGUGACCAAAAAUCUCCACAAUGAGCUCACUGUUUAUGAAGAAAAUCGCACACAGGAUUUCCUGAACGUGUUCAAAGAAUUUGCAAAGAAACAGAUCCUAUAUGAGAAACAACAGCUCAAAGCAUGGGAGGACUUGAGACCGGAUAUCAACGCUAUUACGAAGAAAAGUAUGCGAGUGCAUGCGCUGGGUGAUGAAGAUCUGAAUCCAAGAGCAGUUGCUGAACGAUUGAGUACUUACACGUCGAGCUUGAGAUAA